GCGGGCCUCUGAGCGAAGUCAGCGGGCAGUGGGAGCCUCGCUGUCCGCUGCGAUGAUUCCCCCGCAGGAGGCUUCCGCCCGGCGGCGGGAAAUCGAGGACAAACUGAAGAAGGAGGAGGAGACGCUGUCCUUCAUCCGAGACAGCCUGGAGAAGAGCGACCAGCUCACUAAGAACAUGGUGUCUAUCCUGUCAUCCUUUGAGAGCCGUCUCAUGAAGCUGGAGAACUCCAUCAUCCCUGUACACAAGCAGACGGAAAAUCUGCAGAGGCUGCAGGAGAAUGUCGAAAAGACGUUAUCCUGUCUGGACCAUGUCAUCAGCUAUUACCAUGUGGCCAGUGACACUGAGAAGGUCAUCAGAGAAGGCCCCACAGGUAGGCUGGAAGAAUACCUGGGAAGCAUGGCCAAAAUCCAGAAGGCUGUGGAAUAUUUUCAGGACAAUAGCCCAGACAGUCCAGAGCUCAACAAAGUGAAGCUACUGUUUGAGAGAGGGAAGGAGUCGCUGGAGUCUGAGUUCCGCAGUCUGAUGACCCGGCACAGCAAGGUCGUCUCCCCUGUGCUCAUCCUGGACCUGAUCAGUGGGGAUGAUGAACUGGAGGUCCAGGAAGAAGGGACCCUGGAGCACCUGCCUGAAAGUGUACUCCAGGAUGUGGUCCGCAUCUCCCGCUGGCUGGUGGAGUACGGCCGGAACCAAGACUUCAUGAAUGUCUACUACCAGAUUCGCUCCAGCCAGCUGGACCGCUCCAUCAAAGGCCUAAAGGAGCAUUUUCGCAAAAGCAGUUCUUCCUCUGGGGUUCCCUACUCCCCUGCCAUCCCCAACAAGAGGAAAGACACACCUACCAAGAAGCCCGUCAAGCGGCCAGGGACGAUCCGUAAGGCUCAGAACCUUCUGAAACAGUAUUCCCAGCAUGGUCUAGAUGGGAAAAAGGGGGGCUCUAACCUCAUUCCUCUGGAAGGUCACGAGCAUGAUUUCCGAGUUAAGCACCUGUCCGAGGCCCGGAACGACAAGCACGGGCCACUGGCCGGGAGAGAUGACAUGCUGGAUGUGGAGACGGAUGCCUACAUCCACUGUGUCAGCGCCUUUGUCAAGCUGGCCCAGAGUGAAUACCAGCUACUGAUGGACAUCAUCCCCGAGCACCAUCAGAAGAGAACCUUCGACUCCUUGAUUCAGGAUGCACUGGAUGGGCUGAUGCUUGAAGGGGAGAACAUCGUGUCUGCUGCCAGGAAAGCCAUCAUCCGCCAUGACUUCUCCACAGUGCUCACAGUCUUCCCCAUCCUGAGGCACCUCAAGCAGACCAAGCCUGAGUUUGACCAGGUGCUCCAGGGCACAGCUGCCAGCACCAAGAACAAGCUGCCUGGCCUCAUCACCUCCAUGGAGACCAUUGGAGCCAAAGCACUUGAAGACUUCGCUGACAACAUUAAGAAUGACCCAGACAAAGAAUACAACAUGCCCAAGGAUGGCACCGUUCAUGAGCUCACAAGCAACGCCAUCCUUUUCCUACAGCAGCUUCUGGACUUCCAGGAAACAGCGGGUGCCAUGCUGGCCUCCCAAGUUCUUGGGGACACAUACAAUAUUCCUUUAGACCCCCGAGAAACCAGCUCUUCGGCCACCAGCUACAGCUCCGAGUUCAGCAAGCGCCUGCUGAGCACCUAUAUCUGCAAAGUCUUGGGUAACCUGCAACUGAACUUACUGAGCAAGUCCAAGGUGUAUGAGGAUCCAGCAUUAAGCGCUAUCUUCCUACAUAACAAUUACAACUACAUCCUCAAGUCCCUGGAGAAGUCUGAGCUGAUCCAGCUGGUGGCUGUGACCCAGAAGACUGCUGAGCGUUCCUACCGGGAGCACAUCGAGCAGCAGAUCCAGACCUAUCAGCGGAGCUGGUUAAAGGUGACCGAUUAUAUCGCAGAGAAGAAUCUACCAGUGUUCCAGCCUGGAGUCAAGCUCCGGGACAAGGAGCGGCAGAUGAUUAAGGAACGUUUCAAGGGAUUCAAUGAUGGUCUUGAAGAGCUGUGCAAGAUUCAGAAGGCCUGGGCCAUUCCAGACACAGAGCAGAGGGACAAGAUUCGACAGGCUCAGAAAAACAUUGUCAAGGAGACCUAUGGGGCCUUUCUGCACAGGUAUGGCAGCGUGCCCUUCACCAAGAACCCUGAGAAGUACAUCAAGUACCGUGUGGAACAGGUGGGCGACAUGAUCGAUCGCCUUUUCGACACCUCUGCCUAACCCUGCCAUGUUCUGCCUGGUUCCACCACACUCACACGUUGUUGGACUGGUAAACCAGCGUUAACAUACCUCCAGGCCAGGUGAGUCUGAAGUCCUUUGCAACAGAGACCUUUGUGCCCCACCCAGGAGCCCUGACCUGGUGUUGGCAUCUCCCCUGCGGCCCCCAUCUCCUGUCAAACCAGCACUCACCCAGAAUGUGGCCCCUUUCACACUUGGGUUUCACAAGGAAGCGUACCCAGCAGGGGCCACAUGAUGGCUUCUGAGGCAGAAGACAAGGAUGACAGAGACUGGUGCCCCCAGCUGCCAUGUGGAUACCAAGAAUGGGACGGCAGACUCCACCCUGGCCUACUUCCAUCCUCUUCAGCCCACAGAUGUGAGCAGGCUCAAAACAGGCCAAACGGCAGCCAGCAGACCUAGGGGAAAGGCUGUCAGUGUCGACCUACUCUCUUGGAUUUAGUUCAUUGUCCACAGUUCUGUGCUCUGGGAUGUCCCACCACCUGGGAUUCCCUGGUGACAAGAGGCAGGAGAGCUCUGUCUCUGGUCUCUUUGGAUCUGGCACACUGCAAGAAGUGUUUGGAGGAGUUCUGACCCACCCUGUGGGGCCAGCCGCUCAGUCAUCUGUUCCCUGGUCCCCAGCUUCAGUACUCAUGGCCCAGGCCAUGCAGCAGUGGUUGCAGGGGCUUUAGGCUGAAUGCAUGGGGGACAGGGAACUAGUGGACAGAGGCGAGCAAUUCAGGAGCAGCGUGGGAGAUCAGGAGGGUAAAGUUGGGCUGUACUACUUAGGAUGGUAGUGAACAGCCAUGGUCAAGAAGGGCAGGCCUCAACGGUGCAUUUGAGUGAUGGCUUGUUUUGCUUUUAUACACAGAGAGGGGAGCUCAGGAUGCAUGAGCCUCCUGUUAGAGAAUGGAGCUGACGUUUCUCUAGAGACACUGUUCUAGCUCUCACCUGGCUAUAGGAACUAUGCUGCACCCUUAAAUCUGUA